UGUUUGCUUGUGUAUACAGAAUUUUAUUGAUACUAAUUUUAUUAUUUAUCAAUUCAUAUCGAUUCAAUAUGUCUUUAUAUAAAGAAAAAUUAAAAAACUUCGAUGAACUAUUCGAAUCAGAUAACAUAAAUAUGACAAAAUUAAGGACCCUUUGUUUUAGUGGUAUUCCAGAUGAAAAUGGUCGUAGGGCAUUAUGCUGGAAAUUAUUAUUAAAUUACUUACCUAGUGCUAAAGUAUCAUGGAGUGAAAUUCUUGCUCGUAAAAGAGAAAUUUAUCGACAAUUUGUAGAGGAAAUGAUAGUAAUGCCUGGAGCUGCUGAUAAAGAAGAUGUUAUUAACAUGGAUCAUCCACUAAAUUUUGAUCCAGAAAGCAAAUGGCAAACAUAUUUCAAAGAUAAUGAUGUCCUUUUACAAAUUGAUAAAGAUGUUCGACGAUUAUGUCCAGAUAUUUCAUUUUUUCAACAAGCCACCGAUUUUCCAUGUUUACAAGUCGUAAAUAGUAACGGCAUUAAAAGGCUGCAUCAGAGAGUACAACAUACAGUUUUAAAAUCAGCAAAUGUUGAGCGAAAAGGAUUAGGAAUUACGAAGAUUGCUUUAUCAACAAAAAAGGCUCAAGAAGACUAUGCCCCAAUGCCUGAAGGAAUGGAAGCUCACUGGGAAGUUGUAGAACGAAUUUUAUUUUUGUACGCAAAAUUAAAUCCUGGACAAGGAUAUGUUCAAGGAAUGAAUGAAAUUAUAGGACCAAUCUAUUAUACUUUUGCAUCAGAUAGUGAUGAAAACUUUCGUGAACAUGCGGAGGCUGAUAGUUUCUUUUGUUUUACAAAUUUAAUGUCAGAAAUUCGAGAUUUCUUUAUAAAAUCCUUAGAUGAAGCCGAAUGUGGUAUAAAUGGUAUGAUGUCGAAAUUAAUGGCUCAACUAAAAUCAAAUGAUCCAGACGUAUGGUUUCGAUUACAUCAAUUGGAAUUAUGUCCACAAUAUUAUAGUUUUAGAUGGUUAACUUUAAUGUUAUCACAAGAAUUUCCAUUACCAGAUGUUUUAAGAAUAUGGGAUUCAUUAUUUGCAGAUGAAAAUCGUUUUGAUUUUCUCAUAUAUAUUUGUUGCUCAAUGAUAAUGUUGGUACGAAAUCAACUUAUAAAAGGAGAUUUUCCACACAAUGUAAAAUUAUUACAAAACUUUCCAACAGUUGAUAUUCAAUUAGUUUUAACAAAGGCGGCUGAAUUAUCAGGAAGAUCCUUAUAAUAAUAAAAAUGUUUUAUCAGAAUAUUCUAUAUCAAUGAUCUGUGAAUUAAUUCUUCCUUAGUUUUUAAUUACCAAAUAUGAAGAUUAAUAGAAUAGAAAUUUAUUCACAAUUUUG